GUGCCCUGGUCCCCCUUCCUGCUCUCCUUCCUCCUCCCUCUCCGGCCUCCCCUAGCUCUCGCUCUCUGGCUGCAGUCCUUGUUCGGCCCGCCACAGGGCGGGCAGGAGGGCGGAGGCGGCUCCACCAUGAGCGACGAGGGCAGCAAUCGGUGUAGCCGGGUGGACCAUCGGGAAGCCCAGCCGCCCCUGCCUCCGCCGCCUCCGACCCCGCCACCGGGAGAGCCGGCCCUGGUCCCCACCUCCCCACGCUACCGGCCGCCUCUGCCCGCUCCUCCAGAGCGCACCGCGGGGUCAGGCGAGCCGCCGCUAGAGGUGGCCCCGCGGCGCAAGGGUGCGGAUGAGCGGCUGCCGCCGUCUCGGUUGCCCCGCGAGCAGGAGGUGUCAGCGGCCGGCGACUCUUGCGAAGGUCGGAGGCACCUUCCUGAGGUGGCGGUCCCCGAGAAAACGGCGGAGAAAGGCGGCUCGGGGGAGCCCGAGGCCGGCGCGUGUGGGGAGGGCGAGCGGCGCGGCACGGGAGACCAGCCCGAAACACGCUCCGUGUGCAGCAGCCACAGCAGCAGCAGCGGCGGCGGUGGAGACCAACGCUCGGGGCAUCAUCACCAGCACCAUCAGCCCAUUUGCAAGAUCUGCUUCCAAGGCGCUGAGCAGGGUGAAUUGCUAAACCCCUGCCGAUGUGACGGGUCUGUGCGGUACACACACCAGCUGUGUCUUCUGAAGUGGAUCAGCGAGAGGGGCUCCUGGACCUGUGAGCUGUGCUGCUAUAGGUACCACGUCACAGCCAUUAAGAUGAAGCAACCUUGCCAGUGGCAGAGCAUUUCUAUAACACUGGUUGAGAAAGUUCAGAUGAUUGCUGUAAUCCUAGGAUCCCUGUUCUUAAUAGCGAGUGUGACUUGGCUCCUCUGGUCAGCCUUCAGCCCCUAUGCAGUGUGGCAGAGGAAGGACAUCCUUUUUCAAAUCUGCUAUGGAAUGUAUGGUUUUAUGGAUCUAGUGUGCAUAGGCCUCAUUGUCCAUGAAGGAGCUGCAGUUUACAGAGUAUUCAAGCGAUGGCGAGCUGUCAACUUGCACUGGGAUGUAUUAAAUUACGACAAAGCCACAGACAUUGAAGAGAGCAGCCGAGGAGACUCUUCCACAAGUAGGACUUUGUGGUUACCAUUGUCAGCCCUGAGGAACAGGAACUUGGUCCACCCCACGCAGUUAACCUCACCACGGUUUCAGUGUGGCUAUGUGCUAUUACAUCUAUUCAAUCGGAUGCGGGCCCAUGAAGAUGGGUCAGAAGACAAUGGCUCUGGGGAGGUGGUAAUGAGAGUGACGUCCGUGUGACAGA